AUGGCCGUCGGCCGUGUCGUUUGCGUGGCUCUGCCACUUCUAUUAACAAUCGCCUCGAUUGCCGCCCUCCUCUACGCCACCCUCGCCGGCGUCGCCCACCACAACACAUUCAUGUUCAAGGUCGACACCAGAAACCUGACGCUCGAUAGGGCGGGCCUCGAGAGUAUUGCCAAGGACGCCGGCGUCGACGUGAGCAGUAUUGGAAAAGACCUCGGCAUCGACAUCGACGGCCUGCUUGACAAAGCGACGGGCGGCCAAAACGUCACUGCCAAGGAGCUCAACAUCGACUACGUCUUCGAGGUCGACCUUUGGGGCUUCUGCUACACAAAGGACAACAAGCGCAACUGCACCAGCCCCCAGUUCGAUUGGGCCUCCCACACCCUCAACGAUACCUACCUCAAGAACUUUGACAGCCAGGCUGGUGUCAGCUUUCCCUUGCCCAAGGACAUCCAGGAGCCCAUCAAGGCUUUCCGCACUGUCAUGAAGGUUACCGAGAUUGCCUUUAUUGCUGCCCUUGUCUUGCUUGGUGUUGAGCUGCUUGUCGGCAUCCUGGCAAGCUGCUCGCGCGUCAUCUCUUGUCUCACCUGGCUUAUUGCUUGCAUUACUACUAUACUUGUUUUCGCUGCUGCUGGUCUCGCUACCGGAACAUCUGCUGCGGUCGUUGGCGCGGUCGAGGCCACUGCCAAGGUCUACGGCGUCAAGGGCGGUAUUCAGACUAGCUUCCUGGCUGCCAUCUGGAUUGCUGCCGCCUUUGCUCUUGGUGCCAAUCUCUUCUGGGUCUUCACCAUUUGCUGCUGCAAGCCCGACCACGGUCGCGCUCGUAGCGUCCGCAACCGUGACAGCUAUGGCGAUGGCGAGAAGCUCAUGCCCACGCGCGCUUACGCCCCUCUUGGAACCGAGCACGAAAUGACGGGCUUCCAGCAGCAGCCCGCGCACCACGCCGGCUACAACAAUAGCGCCUACUACAAUGGCCAGCCGGCUCGCUACCCUGCCGGCAACGGCCGCUCAGAUCUGGCUUACGAGCCUUACUCCCACCGCGCAUAA